UUUCCUCUCCAUCACUCCAUAUAUGCUAUGUCAGUGCAAAGAACGUUCAAUUAAUAAAACAGUAAAAAUAUUCUGAUCCAACAAUAAAGACCUUAAUUAUUUCGAAAGCUACUGAUCAUAUAUUAGAUAAAGACAGAACAGGAGAGAAACUGAAGAAAAUCCCUUCUCAUUUGUUGCUUUCUUUCGUUUUCCGAUCCCUUUUUUCUGAUCCAAUCUUACAUAGAAGAAUAGGAAACAGUGAAAGGAAAUGGGGAAGACGAGCAAGUGGAUAAGGAAUUUCUUGACAGGAAAGAAAGAUAAGGAGAAAGAGAAGAAUAACGCAAUUAAUCUGCACAUUUCUUCUGGAAAUGGCAAUCAGCAGCAUCCAACAACUCCUAUAUCAAUCCUGCCGACGACCCCGAAAGAGAAGAGGCGGUGGAGUUUUCGCAGGUCGUCGGCCGCUGCUGCCCCGGGGCAGCAGGAAUCGAAUUCUGGAGACAUUAUUACUGCCACACCAUGUACACAAGCAGCGGCAAUGGAAUUGGAGAGUGAUCCCAAAAAACAUGCGUUGGCUGUGGCCGCGGCCACCGCAGCAGCUGCGGAUGCUGCCGUGGCAGCCGCCAAGGCUGCCGCCGCAAUGAUCCAGCUAACGACUGCUGCCUCUGGGAGAGCAUCUGCUGUUGAAGAGGCUGCUGCAAUCAAGAUUCAGUCUAUUUUUCGUGGGUACUUGGCAAGAAAAGCUUUGAAUGCACUAAAAGGCUUAGUGAAGUUGCAGGCGUUGGUUAGAGGGCAUUUGGUAAGAAAUCAGGCCACUGCUACACUUAAGUGUAUGCAGGCAUUGGUGACUGUUCAAGAAAGAGCUCGAGCCCAAAGAAUCCGAGUGGCUGAAGAAACAACACAAUCCAACAAUCAAAUGCAAUUCAAUCAUAGAAAAUCAACACGAGAGAAUAGAUUUAGGCCCUCAAAUCAAGAUUUUGAAGAGAACAUCAAGAUAGUGGAAAUGGAUCUUGGAGACUCAAGGCCAAGCACAAAGGGUAGAAACAGCUAUUCAAACUAUGGACAAAUAGAGAAAGCCGAGCACAGAAUUCCCAUGCACAACAACGCAUACGCAAAACCCAACCAUAAUCAGAUCUCACCAGCACCCUCAAACAUAACUGAUAUGAGUCCAAAAGCAUGUAGUGGUCAUUUCGAGGAAUACCCAUUCAAUACAGCACAGAGUAGCCCUCAGUGUUACUCGGCCUUCUCCAAACCUGAUCCAUCAAGAAAUCCGUCUCCUCAUCCUCGAUCAGAAUACGCAGAAUCCCUUUACAAUGAGUAUCCAUUUUAUCCAAACUAUAUGGCCAAUACAGAAUCUUCAAGGGCUAAAGUGCGUUCACACAGUGCGCCCAAGCAACGUCCUGUUGAAUCCUUAGAGAGGCAACCGAGCAGGCGCAGACCGUCUCUUGAAGGAAGGAACAUCCCCCGGGCAGUCCGAAUGCAACGAUCAACAUCUCACGUUGGUUCGACUGCUCAGAAUUAUCAUCACCGUUGGUCAGUCAAGCUUGAUAGAUCAGCAGUGUCACUCAAGGACAGUGAGUGUGGAUCAAGCAGCACUGUGCUUACUAACACCAAUUACUGCAGAUCCAUCGUCGGAAUCGAGGUUCAAGGAUACUAAAUACUAAUUUCUUGUUGUUCAACCAAAGCAUAGUUCUGAACUUGAAGUACAAAUGACAAACUUAACAAGAAAAGAUCCGAGGCUGUAUAAGUACUUGUGACAGUUUGUUUUCCCGUUUCUUAUUUGAUUUUUUUUCUUUUUUCGGGGGAGCAUUCUUUUAAAACUCUCUUUAUGUAGAGUGGUGUUGAUUUCUGUAUUCGAUGUGUUUAUGAUCUGAAUGUUGGUGCUUUUAAGGAGAGAUUUUUAAUGGAACUUCAAAUGUAAGCAGUUUUUUCAUAUAAGUUUUAUUGACGUUAGAACUUC